GUCUAGUUCAAGUGAAGUGAAUACUACCGGUCCCAUAGCGCCCUUCACCUUCCAUUCACUCUUUACUCAUUUCAAUUCGACAAAGAUGGCGCUGGCGGCCUACAGGCACCUACUUCGAGCGACACGCACAGCCUUUCAAGACGACUACCAUCUCCUCCAUGCUGCCCGGAUGCAAGCACGCACUGGGUUCGAGACGCUAAGGACAAUGGACCCCGAUUCAGAGGAGGCGAUCAAGGGCAUAGCACACGCUGAGGGUGUAGCGUCAAUAUUACGACACAAUGUCGUGCAAGGCAAGCUGGUCGACGGUUCAAAUGUGAUACGGCUGAAUAUACACGAGGACACAGAGAAAGGCGAUAAUGAUACCGUCAAGAAUCCCCUCGGUAAAGGCGGAAAGAUCAAAGUUGGUGGUGUAUGAACAAUCAAAAGCUUGGAUUUGUUCAUUUUUGUGAACACAUGAUGAUACCCAGUGGACGGCCUGUUCUCGCCAUUGCAUGCCAGUUGCAUGCUGUGUCGCAACGCCGUGCUGUUCUGUACAGAUAAAGAUACCUUUGACACGAAAAGCUUAAUCACCAGCCAAACUGGCAUAGGUGACUUCCCCUUGACCUGGUGGGGGCGCCACAGUGAAGCUCGCAUUUCCUUCAACAUCCGCACCCUCAAUUUGAGCCUGGCUGUUACCAGUGGUGAUGGCUCUCUGACCAGACUGCUGAGCUUUGAGAGCAGCUGCAGUUUCCCGACCUUCUCUUGCC